CCUACAUACACUUGGAUCAGUUUGCUGUCUGAAUCCGGGAGCACGGGCAGCUGCAGGAGUCCUCCAGAAACCGUGGGUUCAAGAUGAACAAACAGUACGUUCAGCUGUUGGCGCUCAACUCCGCCAUCGUCGUUCUCUUCAUCGUUGCUAUCACAGUCUUCAUCGCCGGCAUAUACAGCAAUGAUCCAGUUCCAGCACUGCAAAACAUUGUUCCCGUGCUGGACGUCUACCCGGCUCGCUGGACCCUGGUCAUCGCCUGGUUCGUCUACUCCUGGCAGGUCAGCUGGAUCAUCUACUCUCUGAUCCUGGUGUGCAGGUCCAGCCCUCACCCGGUGCUCCUGACCCCCCUCUUCCUUGGUAUCUACUUUCUGGCACUUGUUAUCCAGAUCGCCAUCAACUCAGUAGCCUUCACGGACAUCGUGUCCGUAUCAUUCGUUGGUCUGCUCCUCAUCUCUGUUACCCUGUUUGCAUCUCUAGCCAUCUCCUACAUAGCUCUGUAUCAGAACAGAACUGUUCUGGUUCAACAGAAUCGCAGGGUGGACGACGCUCUCAUCAGAGGUCUGGUUCAGAAUGGUAUAGGCCUGUACGCUACCUGGACGUCCAUGGCUACUUUCAUCACGAUGGCCGUGUUGGUGGUCUACCGAUCUGAUCCCAUCAUAAACCAAAAUACUGCUUCCUCUGUUGUUAUUGCCUUUAUCGCAGCUUUCCUUGUUGCCUACACUGCAACUGACCUGACUGUCCUGGACAAAUACUCCCGCUAUACCUUCACCCCCUAUGCUGUUGUCAUGUGGGUCUUGAUCGGUAUUCUGGUCAGCCUGCCUGCUACAAAUAGUGCCAACUUCAUCGUCACGGCUGUGCUGUUGGGCCUAACGAUUGUGGCUCUCACUGCCAAGAUAACACUUGUUGUUGUCAGAAAGAAGGCGGACCCUGUCCUGCCUCGUAUGGCUGUGGUUGCUAGCACGGCUGGGAGUGACACGAAACCGGACCCAAAACCGGAAGUUCCAAAACCGGAAGUUCCAAAACCGGAAGGUGUUGAAAAGGAGGUUGGCCCAUAAAGUGAAGAUUGAAAAUAGCCGAAACCAGAUGAAACCAAAGCAUGAGAUUUUCUAUAAUUGAAAACUGAUCACGGAGAUAGCAAAAACAUUGGCUAAAUAUAUGGAAUAAUAAAAGCGACAAAAUCCUUUCCCUAAUAAUAAGAAAGCAACACGAUAUCAUUCAAUAUUACAAGAAGUCUACAAACUAUCUGAACAAGUAAACAUUCGUGAAGUUGUCUGGGCCAUGGAUCCCGUGAUCGGUGGUCGGAAUACCAGACACCAGAUUAAGACACCUUCUUUGCCAACACCGCUACUGCCGGCUUUCAUCAAACUACUGAAUGUUUAAAAUCGCCUCACUCUCUCUCCUCCUCUCUCUGAGAUGAGAUAUAACUAAAAAUACUUUUAAGCAAUGUACAACACAAGUCACUUAUUCAUGCAUAAAUGUAUAUUUGCACUAGAAUUAAUAAUCUUCCGAUUAAUGAUCGGUAUUGGCCUUGGAAAAUGUGGUCUGAUUUAUCACAUUUCUUUUCAAAAUGUUAUUGGAAUAUGUUUUAAUGUUCAAUGAGUCCAUGUUGAGUGGGAUAGGCACCGACAUUUUAUGAUGUUGCAUAUGUUUCUUGUCACAUAACAUUCAUGGUUGGAGCACACACAUUCACGUUACCACAUUUAUUGCUACCAGAUUUCUUGAUACAAAUCUAAUUUCACAGUUUGUUAAUGCAUUUAAUAUGUUCUAUUUGUUUUGAUUUAUGAGAUUUGUUAUAAUGUAUUCACAAACACAAAAUGAAAAUUGCCUGUAUAGUGUGACUACAUUGAAAAACUAAAUAAAUAUGACAUUACCUAGCUCACUCUUGAAAACCUGAUGUGACGAAAACGAGUGUUGCUAUGACUUAGGAAUGAAAACUCUGCAACUGCGGAAAGAAGAAUUCUGUGAAAAUAACAAUAACAUUUACAUCAAAACCAACUAAAUUCGGUUAUGAAUUGGGAAAUUUGUACUCUAUGUGAAUCUGUAUUGAAAUCAGAUUCCAUAGUCCGAUUCCGACUAUAUCAUGAACAUGUGUUUAGGAAUCACUAUCUUACAGUGAUGAUACCAGGUAUUCUCGAAAAGUUGGGCGUAUUCUACUCUACAGAUGACACUUGUCAGUAUCACCUGCAGAGAAAAAUCUAUUGUUCACGGGAAAAUAUGAUUCAAGCCAAAAUAGUGGAUUGCAACAGACAUAUAUUUUGACACUCCACAUGUGUACCAAGACACGUUUAAAGAUUUAAAGCCUUGAUUGUGGUAAUCCUGAUCAAGCAUCUCUAGAGCAAGAGUCAUAAGACGUCAUUUGGACCUUUCGUAGAAAGACCUCGAUAGAACCAAGUUGUCAAACUCCAAAGGCUGGGGCUGCAGAAAUAUUGCUCGACAUAAAGGAAAAGGAGACUAUUGGAAAGUAGAAGUCACUCCUCUUUUCCGAAGUGUUAUUGAAUACGUUCUCAUGAAAACAAUGUUUACACAUGUUAGCUGUCGAAUGUUCGCCAAAGUAACAAGGCCACAUCUGAGGUGUUCAUUGUUGAACGUUUGCUUAUAUUAAUGAUAACACAAAAUCAAUUUAAACUCGAAAUCAGAAUAAUAAAAAGGCUAUCUAAAAAAACAUCGAAUGAGAUUCGAACUCGUACGACGACAUAGUUUUUGAUAGAUUAUCUUAACCCAGAACAACACAAUUUAACGUUUGAGACCAUUUUGUGUUUUCAAAGUGUUUCAGUGUAAAUUAUGUCCAUAUGGAAGUAUAUAUUUCUAGCUGGUGCCUUUAAAUGAAUAAAGAUUA